UCUUGAAUCCCGAAGGGGUUUGAGGUUGGGGCCGAGUUCUUGAAUCUCGGCGAGACGAUGCACUGGGUUAAAGCCGACGCCUUCGAUUUCGGUGGGAAUCCGCCCCUUCCUCGGAGCGGUCACACGGCCGUCAACGUUGGGAAAUCGAAGGUCGUGGUGUUUGGUGGCUUCGCCGACAAAAGAUUCUUGGACGAUAUCGCCGUGUAUGAUAUUGAAAAUAAAUUAUGGUUUACUCCUGAGUGUACUGGCAGUGGUUCUGAUGAGCAAGUAGGGCCCAGUCCCAGAGCGUUCCAUGUUUCUGUUGCGAUUGACUGCAACAUGUUCAUCUUUGGGGGCCGUUCUGGUGGCAAAAGAAUGGGUGAUUUUUGGAUGCUUGAUACAGAUAUAUGGCAAUGGUCAGAACUAACUAGCUAUGGUGAUUUACCAUCUCCAAGGGAGUUUGCUGCUGCUUCAGCAAUAGGAAACCGAAAAAUUGUCAUGUAUGGUGGUUGGGAUGGUAAAAAGUGGCUUUCAGAUGUGUAUAUCUUGGAUACAAUAUCACUUGAGUGGACGGAAUUGUCUAUUACUGGAUCAGUGCCACAGCCUCGGUGUGGACACUCAGCCACCAUGGUGGAGAAGCGAUUGUUAAUUUUUGGUGGAAGAGGAGGUGGUGGACCUAUUAUGAGUGAUUUGUGGGCCUUGAAAGGUCUUAUUGAUGAAGGUUCAUGUUCCAUUUUCAUUGUUGAAGAGAACGAGACACCAGGAUGGACCCAAUUAAAGCUUCCGGGACAAAAUCCUUCUCCAAGAUGUGGACAUACAGUUACUUCAGGAGGGCACUAUCUGUUAUUGUUUGGUGGGCAUGGUACUGGAGGCUGGCUGAGUCGAUAUGACAUCUAUCACAAUGACUGCAUUGUUUUGGACAGAGUCUCUGUUCAGUGGAAGCGCCUGGCCACUAGCAAUGAUCCUCCUGCAGCUCGUGCAUAUCAUUCUAUGACUUCUAUUGGUUCUCGUUAUCUCUUAUUUGGUGGAUUUGAUGGAAAAACCACAUUUGGUGAUUUAUGGUGGCUUGUCCCAGAAGAUGAUCCUAUUGCAAAGCGAUUCCCCUCCAUACCAAGUGCACCUCCUGAAAGUCAAUCUGUCACAGUGUCAGAUGGUUUAGCUGAGUCAUCAUUAAAGGAAAACCAGAACGAACAAUCUCCAUUAGUUGAGUUACAAAAGAGGUUAGGAAUCAUGAUUUCUUCUUCGAACUUUCAGGUAAAUCUUGUUGAUGAAGUAGAUGACAAAGAACUGUUUGAAUUAUCAUCAAGGCUGGCUGGAGAAUCAUUGCCUACCAGGGAUCAUUUAGCAUGCAUUCAGGCCCUCCGUGACCGUUGGAAAAAAUCAAGCGCAAGUUCAAUCCAGCUGCAGGAGCUAGGGCCAUUGCUGCGUGAUUAUCAACGUCUUAUAAUUCAUCACCUUUUCUUGCAACUGAACUUCUGCAGAGAAAAUCUUAGAUCUGAUGGGCCAUCCACCAUAUCCAAUCUCACCGGACAAAAGGUUCACCGUUAUUUCCAUUUGAAAAGUGCUUCUCAGUUGCGUAUGGAUGACAUUCCCAAGCUACUGGAUGAGUAUAAACGCUUAGUCUCGUGAAUUGGAAUGUAACUUUGUGAUCGUCACAUAGACAAGGCUUCUAUCCAGAUUUGGAUGUGUCGCUCGACCUAUCCGUGUCAUAUCUCCGGUUUGCUGACAGCAGUAACUUCUCCUGCCAUCCAUGGAGUAGAUCCCCUUAUAUUUUUCUUGAUCAUUUCUUGAACAUUAGUCAGUGAGAUUGGAAGGAUUCUUUAUUACCCCAUUUCUUUCCUAUUUAACUCCUUUUUCAUCUCUAAGUUAUCAAUGCUACCCAAAUCAUUUACUGGACAUCUUUUUGUAUGAUAAGAUUUGGAUAAGAUUUAAUUAAUGUAUUGGCUACUUGUAACUCCA